CGUGACUAUCGACGUAAUCGGAGGUGUCCGAGUGUCACGUGAAGCGGCGUGGCCAAGGGCGUCGUCGAGGCUUGAGUUUGGAAACCCGAUGGAAAGACCCUGCGAUUGGGAAACUACAACCAGUUUCUACGCCUAAGGAGAGAGAAAAAAGACCCCUUGGUUUGUCGCCAUCACGCUGUUGAUUAAAAGUUGGCGAUUGCAGAAAAGAAAAAAAGAUUCGACGGGAUCUAGCGUCAAAUGGAAGGCACAUAUUCUUCGUCCAGACGAAAUCGCAGAGACGAUGAUCGCUAUGAAAGAAGCAAACGAGAUGACGGGCGGAGCUAUCGCAGGUCUCGCAGUCCCGAGCGGCGAUAUCGUGACCGCGACCGAGAUUCAUACCGAAGACGCGACCGCUCCAUAGAUAGACGCGACGAUUACCGUGAUGAAGAUAACUAUCGACGACGAGAUCGUUCUCGCGAGCGGCGACGCUCUAGAGAUAGAGACCAUGACCGGGAUCACCGCCGAAGGAGUCGCGAAAGGGAUUAUCGAACCAGGCGAGAUGACUCCCGCGACAGGGCGCGCAGACGGACAGACGAUUCUGCUGACUUGAAGCACAAGUCUAGACGGGAUGAUAGUCGAGAUCGGACAAAAGGGGCGGACUCUAAGUCUCGUGAGGUACGCUUCUAUUUCAUGUCCCACUCACACCCAUCGAUUUCGUAAAGCCAGAUACUAAACUUUUUAUAUUUAGACCUCAAAACCUUCGACUCCGGCCGCCGCUGUUCCUACAGAAGACGAAAAGCGAGCCGAGAGACUGGCGAAAUUAGAAGCAUGGAAACAGAAGCAGGCCGCCGAGAAAG